GCUUUAAGACCGUCACCUGACGACAAAGAAGGAUCCGAUGGAGGAAGCAGGAAGUUCGUCUACCAAGAAGGGGAGCACAUAAACAAUACCAAGAGAGCAGAACAAAAGUUAAACAGAAAGUUUCACACAUUUAUCGCAAUGGCCGGCAUUAAAGCACUGGUUGGUUUGUCCUUUAGUGGUGCCAUUGGACUGACAUUUCUCCUGCUGGGCUGUGCACUGGAACAGUAUGGGGUAUACUGGCCACUCUUUGUACUGAUUUUCUACAUAUUAAGCCCCAUCCCGACCUUCAUAUCCAGACGCCUCAGUGAUGACACUGACUCCUCCAGCAAUGCAUGCAGAGAGCUGGCCUACUUCUUAACAACUGGCAUUGUUGUAUCAUCAUUUGGGCUCCCUAUUGUCCUAGCCCGCAAUAACACAAUCCAGUGGGGUGCCUGUGGUCUGGUGAUGACAGGAAACGCUGUCAUCUUUCUCACCAUCCUUGGCUUUUUUGUCGUGUUUGGAGGUGGGGAUGACUUCAGCUGGGAGCAGUGGUAGAGUGCCUUUGGACAGUAGACAGACAGAAGGAUGGUUGGAUGGAUGGAGGAUUGGAUGAGGUGGAUAGUUGAAUGGAUGAACUGCAGACUAAAGGGCACGUGUCCUGCACUCAAUGGGGAUGAUGAUCAGGCUGCAAAAUGUUAAAUUUACUGGGCAUGUUAUCAGGCCGAUGUUUAUAUUAAGGGGUAUUUGAGACAACACAGUGUACCCUAUUAUGUGCCUUAUGUCUGAGGACCAGGGAAACACUGACACCUAUACUCCACUUAUGCUUUAACACCAUCACUAUCCACCUUAACCCAUGUAUUUUAGCUUGUCUCGCCUUUGUUUCUACCCCCAAAUCACCCUGUUCAUUGCAGCUGCCUGCUAUUUCAUUAUGCUUCAGUUAAUCAAUAUCAUAAAGGGAUCCUAAUAUUUUAAUGCACACCACGAUGCUCCAUGCAUUAUCUGUCCUCACUGUUGAAGGGGGAAGUGGCUGUACUGAAUUAUGGCUUGCUUAUUAUGAGCACAGUUUGCUGUUUAAAGUGUAAAGGCAGGGCAAGUUAUCUUAAUCCAUGCUAUCUGACAACUAGCUGUAGGACCACCUAAUCAGGUAAAAUAUAUAUAUAUUUGUAUGGAAAUGUGUGUUUUUGCUUUCAAGACUUUAAAGCAUUGCUUUUUGUUUUGGUGUUUACUGUUUACAUUCUCACCAAAGAUCAUUUUAGACUGCAAAAAUUGAGCAUAUUCACCACUGAACUGUAGGUUUUGAUCUGUACUAUGCAGCAACGUGAUCCUCUAAAGUUAGGGGAGGAAUUUGUGCAAGCACUGUUUAGUGUGUAUCAUAUAAAUAAGCAUUAACAGUAUGUUCAGUCAUUGUGUGAACCAUACCCACAUUCAUUUUAUAUUCCUGCAGAUGACAAAGAAUUCAUGAUAUGGAGAAAAGAUCGUGUUGUCAGUUUGUGAAGUAUAUUUUUACAUGUUGAAUGGUGGUUACUGUAGAUGUGUACUUCAUUCUAAUGGUGAGGGCUUAACCUGCAAAUGUAUAAGUCAUAAGUGCCUGUGCAGAUUCUUGAUUGAAAUAUCACUGUGGCUGAGAGUCAGUGGUUUUUGUGUUUCAUCAUCAGGGGCCAUUGAAUUCUGUAAUUAUCAAUCAAUAUUACAUCCUUAUGUUCUGUUUAUAAUCAGCCCCACUUCAGAGACUAUCAGAGAAAUAUUUUGUUCAGUUUAGUGUCUCAUAUUAUUUCUGAUUUGCUUAAUAUCUGAUAUGCAAGUGCCUCACAAAGAAAAACAUUAUACUCUAUGUCUCACAACUGACGUUGAAUAGGAAGAAGCUUUCUUCUUUCUAUCAUGCCUCCCACACUUUAAAAACACUAACAAGUGCUGAAGAGUUCUGAACGGUUAUUUUAUAAAACUGCAUUUUGUUUUCUAACAUUGAUUAAAACUCUGUAUAGUGAAACAA